AGUUAGCCUUGAUACUUUGAGUGGAUAGUCUACAGUUGUCGAAGAGUAUUUUCUGUGAGUUUGAAGUCGAACUAAUGUUCCUAGAAUGAGAUAUGAAUUUUUCUUUGAAAGAACCUCAUUUCCAGAGGCCUCGGUCGUAAACUAGCUGUCUUUCAGUAACCAUUGACAGCUACCACUCUAAAUUCAUAUCAUAGAUAGAGGAGAAUCAGGACUACAUUUCGGUAAAAAGAAAAGAUUUUUAUCUCUCUUGGAUCAGGAGUUAUUAGCAUUUUACAGGAGAGCCGCUACUUUUGCGGAGUACUGUAGCAUCGUCGUUGUUUAGUUCAAGUUAAUGCAAAGGAUGAAGGUGGACUCUCUAAACUCUUUUGAUUCUGCAGUGAAAUUUAUUAACGUAUUAUCAGUCUUAGUAACAGAUCAGUCCCUAGAGGAGCUGCCAGAAGUAUGUCUCAGGUUGAGUCUUUUUCCAUCUUAGUAUGUUCGAUAUCCAUUUACUCCUAAUGAUAAAAAUUCAACAACUGCACCAGAAAGAACUCCAUCAGCCACAAUUUCUAGAUCAAAUUCAAGAACAACAACAACAGCAGUACCAACAAUUGAGCAAUUAGUGAUUUAAAGUAGUCUUAUACGACACCGCCACCAGAAACUGCAAAGCAAAUAGUUAAUUUUAUGAGAGAAGCAUGGAAAUUACCAAUACCAGAACUGAUAAUUUCGGUGACAGGUGGAGCUAGAUUUUUUAUAAUAACAACAUUCGAGAUAAGAAAUGCAUUGCAAAAUGGAUUGAUACCCGCUGCAUUGACUACAGCUAUUGUUUUCUUUUCCAGUUUCUAAAGAACUCCUAACUGACGUUUGCGUUCAGGUGCAGGGAUAUUCCCUGGUGGUACAAAUUCCGGUGUUAUGAAAGCUGUUGGUGAUGCCAUUGAUGAAUCACGUUACAAGAACACAAAAAGACCAUCAAAAAUACCUUGUAUUGGAAUUGCUGGUUGGUAUUAUACAACAGGUGAGAAUAAAAUAAUCUAA